CGAUUGUUAGAAACUGAAACUUUUCAAUACGAAUAUAUUUUUGUUAAAUUGACCAAAAUAUGUCCAAAAGAGAUUUAAAUGAUCGAAACGAAAGGAAGCUGGAUUCUAGUGAUUAUGAAAACAUCCUUUCGCAGCAUAAUAUAUUUGAAGCGUCGCGACCAAAACACCAAGAACUUCCUAGUUUUCCCGGUUAUUCAAAUGCGGAAACACAAACCAAAUCUAGUGAUAUAAAGGGUCAGUCAGCACAAUCAGGCCUAGGUGCCUGGCCAUAUAAUCCAUGGUGGAUGCUGGCAAGCACUUCAAAAACCGCAACAUCUCAGGAUGACUUUUCUGAAGGUAGUGAUCAAACUAAAGUUAAGAAAGAACCUAGCGGUGCUGGUACACCAGAUCGUGAUCCACUACAAUCAGAUUUUGAACAAUUUCAUUCUGCAACACCUCCAGCUGGUCUUGAUUCUUUUUGUGAUGACUGCUCAGAUCCUUUUUGUGACUCAAGUACGGCAGUUUGUCGUAAGCUCUUCCACUGCCCACAUUGCAGAAAAAGUUAUCCUACCAUUUUAGAAUUCAAUACACACUUAACAGGUGUACACCCAGCUCAAAAACCAUUCCGGUGUCAAAUUUGUUUAGAGCCAUUUCACAAAAAGUCGCAUCUCCGCAGACAUUUAGAUUCAAGCCAUUCUCGGAAAGAUGUGAACAAGUGUUCUGUCUGCUCUAAAUAUAUUAAAGAUAAAAGCAACUUACGAAAACACAUGCAGGUUCAUACAGGGAGAGUGCCACAAAAGCAAUUUAAAUGUGACCUGUGUAACAAUAAGCGAUAUAUGUCUCUAGACAGAUUAAACAAUCAUAAGGUAGUUUGUACAGGUGAAAAAGUAUUGAAAUAUUGCGAUAUGUGUACUAAAGUAUUUGACAAUUCAAGAUCAUUGAAUAGCCACAAAAAAGUACAUGCAAGGGAACUGAAAUGUGAAAACUGUGGUGAACAACUCAGGUCACUGGAGCAGUUUAAUAAUCACCAGUUGGUUUGUCUUACGAACACAUCAGAGGUGAGUGUAACAGCAUCAACAAGUAGUGGAGCAACUGUGAAUCCUUGCUGUACGCAGCCUGGGCUAUGUGAACAUGAUAAACCUGCCUAUUUGAAUAUACCAAGCUAUGCAGCUAAUAGAGUGUUAAAUGCAACACUAUCUUCUCUUAAAUCUGAUAUGAACUGACAACAUUUAUAACACUUCAUUCACAGCAUAUGUAGUAUUUUACAUAAAACUUGAUCUAUACAAAUUACCAAAUAGAUAAAGAAUGGUUAUAAUUUUUCACAAUCAAAAAUUACACAAGACUGAUGCAAAUAUCCCGCCUCACAACUUGCUUUAUUAUUACCAUUUUAAUAUAGAUUGUAGAUAGUGAGUAAGUAAAAUAAUAUUGAUAUUGAAACUUAUGUAUGUCUGUAUUGUUUUCAUUAAGCCACACCACAAUAUAGAUGUGCACCUUUAUUCCAGAAAAUCAGCUUUACUAUUUAUCAGAAACAAUAUUUACAUUCUGUAAUAUAAUUAUUAUUUGAAUACUGUUAAAGCCUUGACUGAUUUAGACUACUAUUUAGUGUGCAGUAUUACAUUAAACAUUUUUAUUUUUCUAUUUUUAAUGUAAGAGCUAUAUUUUUUUUAUAUACUAGAAUAUGUUAAUAUACCUUAUCUAAUAAUUUUAAUAAUAAAUAAAAGUCCCAUCAGACACUUUGUACAGCGCCAUUGUGGUUGUCUAAAUCAUCUGAAAAAUGCAUGUUCUCAAAUAAAAAUGUUUUUUCCGUUACAAAUUUUAAAUAGUAUUUAGUAAGGUGCAAUAAAAAUGCGGCUUAGCCAUUGAUUGUAUGAGAUGUUAAAUAUUUUUUAUUGGAUUUAAUCACACCUUUAUUGACAUUGCAAAAAAUAUAUGUUUAUUAAUCAGUAAUAGAUGGCAAUGUUUCAAAAUCAAUUUGUGGAGAUAAAUCUACUUGGUCAAACCUAAUUUCUAUGAAUUGAAAAGAUUCUUGCUAUUAAUUUUGUAAAAUAAUUUAAUCUUUAUUUAUAUAGUUUAUGUUAUUAAAAUUAUUUUACUUUUAUAAACUGUUAUAUGAUAAGACACAAACAAGACUUCAAUGUUGAGGCUUGUUUAUUUGUUGCUAUUUUAAUUAUUGUUUUAAACACAUGCUUGUUCACUUAUUAUUGUAAGUAAUUUAAGUUAUUAUUAUAUUGGGAGUACAGUUAGA